AUGUCAGGAAGCCACGGAGAAAUUGGUGACGACAAAGAGCCCAUAUUCAGCAAGACAAGUGAUAGCAGUGCAGACCGCAAGGCUUCUUUCAAAAAGCUGAAGCACAGUAAUUACACUGUGGGAUGGGUCUGUGCACUGCCAAAGGAGCAGACUGCAGCAACAGCAAUGCUAGAUGAGCCACAUCAAGAUCUACUGAAACCACCAACUGAUCCCAACACAUACACUUUGGGCUCCAUUGGAGGGCACAACAUUGUCAUAGCCUGCCUACCGAAAGGCAAGUAUGGCAAUAACUCAGCAGCGACGGUCGCGACCUCAAUGCUUAACACUUUUCCAUCCAUUAAAGCGAGUCUUAUGGUUGGUAUCGGCGGCGGUAUCCCACCCAAGGUUAGGCUUGGAGAUGUUGUGGUUAGUGUGCCUGUUGAUGAAUUUUCUGGAGUGGUCCAGUGGGAUAUGGGCAAGGCAGAAGCAGGUGGCAACUUCAAACGGACUGGUGCAAUGAAUAACCCCCCUGCCGCACUGCUGACGGUAUUGACGAAACUGGAGACCAAGCAUGACAUGCAUGGCUCCAGAAUUCAUCAUUAUCUUCUUGAAUUGGGAAGGAGAUAUCCAAAUCUGGUGCGAAAAUAUACAUGGUCUGAUUCCCUCAAGGACCCACUAUCCACUCCAGAGAGAGAUUCCACCUCCCUCAGAAUGGAGUUGAAUAGAACUCCAAGGAAGCCUGGAGACUCAUGCGUGCAUUAUGGUCUAAUCGCAUCUGGUGACCAAGUGAUCAAGGACGCCAAGUUCCGUGACAGUCUCAACAAGAGUCUCAGUGGGAAAGUGUUGUGUGUUGAAAUGGAGGCAGCAGGGCUCAUGAAUUCCUUCCCUUGCAUUGUUAUCCGGGGAAUCUGUGAUUAUGCCGACUCGCAGAAGAACAAAGAAUGGCAGGAAUACGCUGCUGCUGUAGCUGCAGCAUAUGUCAAGGAACUUCUUGAAUACCUAGACAGAAAAGAAGACCUUGAGAUCCUCAAUUGGGUCACAUCAAUUGACUACGGUCCUCAACAAAGUGACUUCUUGAAAAGACAGCAACCAGGAACUGGCCAAUGGUUCUUAAACUCUAACAAGUACAAGUCUUGGCUAAGUCUAAGCAAGCAGACAUUAUUCUGUCCAGGCAUUCCUGGGGCAGGAAAAACAAUCAUGGCUGCAACCGAUGAGCAAAAGAUUGAAGACUUACUCUUGAGUCUAUUAAAGCAGCUGAGUCAGGACUGGCCUUCCCUCCCAGAUGCUGUAAGCAAUCUUUAUCACAAACAUCAAAGGACACGACCAUCAUAUGAUGACAUCUCAAAGGCUCUCCUGUCCGUGGUGGCUUUGUAUUCAAGAGUCUUUAUUAUUGUUGAUGCGCUUGAUGAAUGCCAGGCAUCUAAUGGUUGCCGAUCGAGAUUCCUAUCAGAGAUCUUUUACCUUCAAGCCGAGACUGGGGUAAAUCUCUUUGCAACCUCACGGCCAGAUGCUCAUAUUAUGAAGCAAUUUAAGGAUUACAUGACUGAAAAGAUCCAUCAUCCAUCAAAGGGCAUAAUAUGA